AUCGAAUUCAAAUAACAUUUUCUCAAGCUUGUAAUUAGUUCAAAGAAUUUAAUUGAAUCAUUCGCAUGUGAAAUUCUCUAACGAUAAUUGGCCUAUUGGUUCAGUUAAGAAAAUGUGUGCGCUAACAGUUUCGAAUCUGCUAAUUGCAUCCAUCGUAUUAACAUCGAGAAUAAUGGUAUUGCAUGCCGUCACCGAAAUCAGAUGCGAUUCGAUCAGUAACUAUUUGCAAGGUCGACAAUAUUGCAUAAUAAAAGGUCUAACGGGCGACGAAAAUACCACAUUCGAAUAUGUUCCGUCGUUUUUCGCAACUUUUAAAACCGAACUCGUUUUCGACAAAUGUACGCUGUCGUCCAUUCCGAAGGGGAUAUUUAGAGCGUUUCCGCAUCUGAAAACAAUGUACACGUGGAAUUCUGGCAUUAAAAUAGUGUCGAAAGUCGAUUUCCUCGAUGCGGACGAUUUGCGAGUUAUCGAUAUGUCGAAAAAUCGAAUCGAAAUGAUUUCGCAUUCAACAUUUUUCUGGGCCAUCGAUUUGGAAUUCAUCGACUUGUCGGAGAAUAAAAUCGUUGUGGUCGAAAGGAAUGCCUUCCAUGGAUUGAUCCAUUUACGGACAUUGCAUUUACAGAUGAACUUGAUCGAAGAAAUAGAGCCCAGAACGUUUGAUAUAUUACCGUCCAUUGAAACGUUACAUUUGAACGAUAAUGCUCUGCAAUCGAUUGAUAAGCAUUUGUUUUCGCAGAAUAGUAAAUUGAAAAGCAUUUUGCUUCAUAACAACCGAAUCAAAACGAUUUCGGGAACAACAUGUCAACAUCUUCGCCAGUUGAUGCAUUUCGAUAUGCACAACAAUCCUACAGAGGGUCUCGAUCUAUUCGUUGUCGAUGCAGACUACACCAACAUUCGUAAUAUCAAUUGUAAAGGAUGCUAUAUUGGACCAAAAACGAAGAAACUUUUCGCAUCUCACAACAACAUUUCCUACGUCAUACAAAAUGGAACUGGUCUGUUAGUUGAACUGGACAUAUCCAACAACAAUUUGUAUUCCAUCAAAAAUCUGACCGAGUUAGAAAACUUAAAGGAGCUCGAUCUGUCGCACAAUCACAUCCAAGACAUCGACAUUACAACGUUUGCCAAUAUGACCGAGCUGGAAACGUUGAAACUCAAACAAAGCGGUUUCAGUCGGAUAAACUACGGUUCAUUCUCUCACAAACUAAAAUUGAAAAUUCUCGACAUAUCCUUUAAUGGACUGCGUACCAUUGACUUGAACAUGUUCGCUGCACUCACCGAUUUGGAGAAUCUAUACCUCGAAGGCAACAAUUUAACGGAAAUCAAUUUGAGCGAAGUCAAGCAAUAUUUUCCGUUGCUAACGAAAAUUGGCAUAUCGAAGAACAACUGGAAGUGCGCUAGUCUAGCCGAAGUGAUAAAGAUUUUGGGAAGUAAUAAGAUCGAAUUGAAUUCGAACGGAACGGCUACAAAAACGUCGAAUAUACGAGGCAUACCUUGUACGAAAGAGUCACAAGAUACUGUUGCGGAGUAUGUACUGGCGGGCAGUGCCAAAAAUAAUCUAGAAAUAUCUUUGAUCAAUCCCGAUGACACGAGUCCCCUCGCGAAAUUAACGGAAUUAAAAUACGAACUAGUCGACGCUAGUGAGAAGCUAGCACAAAUUUCAAACAAAUUGAAUGCGGUGCUGGAAUUUUUGAAUAGUGACUUAUGACUCGUACUACUCUCAUCAGGACCGUAGCCAGACUUUAAAAUCCGAGUGCGCUAGGGGGCGCAAGGUCCAAAAAAAUUAUUUUGUAUGGGAAAAUUGAAAAAAAUUGAAAAAAUGACAUCUCUUGGAGGGGCGCCGCCGCCCCCCUGCGCCCCAUCUAGAUACGGCCCUGACUCUCAUGCACUGUACACUAAGCUUACAAGUACAAAUACAAGCAUGCAAUAAAACUGAAGUGUCUAAGCCAAAAAACAUGAAGUAAUUUCCAUUCCACGUUACCACAAC